UUCACAGGCUCUGCCUUCGGAUCCGCCGCCAUCUGGCAGUAUGAGUCGCUCAAGUCGCGGGUCCAGACCUACUUCGAGGAAGCUCGAGCAGACUGGUUGGAUAAAAUACGGCCGCAGAAGAGGGGGGACUUCAGAAAGCAGGUUAACAGCUGGUGGAAUAACCUGACUGAGGGUCAGCGGGCUGUGACAGGUAUUAUAGCUGCAAAUGUCUUUGUAUUCUGUUUAUGGAGGCUGCCUGGUAUGCGACGGAUUAUGUUUACAUAUUUCACCUCAGAUCCAUCCUCCAGAGCCCUGUGUUCUCCCAUGCUGCUCUCUACAUUUAGUCACUUCUCUCUAUUCCACAUGGCAGCAAAUAUGUAUGUUUUAUGGAGUUUUUCUAGCAGCAUUGUCUCUCUUCUGGGAUGUGAGCAGUUCAUUGCAGUGUAUCUUUCUGCUGGGGUUAUCUCCACUUUUGUCAGCUAUGUUGCUAAAAUGGCCACUGGAAGGUUUGAACCAUCCCUUGGAGCUUCAGGAGCUAUAAUGACUGUCCUAGCAGCCGUAUGUACAAAGAUGCCAGAAGCAAAACUAGCCAUCAUAUUUCUUCCAAUGUUCACAUUUACAGCAGGAAACGCUUUAAAAGCCAUAAUUGCAUUUGACACUGCAGGGCUUGCUCUGGGCUGGAGACUUUUUGACCAUGCUGCACAUCUUGGAGGAGCUCUCUUUGGAAUGUGGUACGUGACUUAUGGCCAUGAGCUCAUAUGGAAGAACAGAGAACCACUGGUGAAAGCUUGGCAUGAAAUGAGGACAAAGAACACAGGAAAAGGAGGAGGUGGAAGAUCUAAUUGAUACUAAUCCUAGAGAUUCCUUGUGCCCAAGCGGUAUAUUACUUGAAGACAUGGGAUUGAAUUGGUUUUGAAGGUUUUUUGCUAUUCCACAUUAAGCCUCUAAGGAGCUGAAGUUUCUAAUGUAAACCACAGUUACAAAAAUGCCUAUCAAUAGAAAGUGAACUCUGACAAAGGUGGAACAAUAAAGGUUUUUAUCCUAUUGCUCUCUGAGGUAACAGUCUGCAUUAUGUUUUUUAAAGGAGGAAAAAAAAAAAAGCUUUCCAAU